AUGAUGGACCAAUUGGACCAAGCGAUUAUCAGAUUGAAGAACAUGUGUUUCGUGAACCUGCUGGAAUGGACGGUAACUUUGAUGGAUUACGGCAUGGUUCAAUACAUUCGAUGUGUCCAGUGCAUGGCUCAACCCAUUCAAUCUGGCGUCCGGUUAGACAAGAUUCACGAGAAAGUCGAGCCAUUUUUCGAGAGCGGAUAUCGAUCCGACUGUCCCGUUCAUAGACCCCCACCAAGUGUGUGCUCAGUACAUUCGGCAAGUGUCCACACAGCAAUCCUGAAUGAAGAAGAUGUGGUUGUAGUACCAGCAGAACCACCUCCAGAACCAGAAGCACCGCAUGAACCACCUCAUGAAGCACCGCCUGAAGCACCACAGUACGAGGAACCGCUGAGACCUCCUACACCGGCACCAGAAUUAGUGCAACGUGUGAUAGAGCCGGAGCCACCUGAGCAAUCCCCACUUCAUGGAUCAAGGUGCGAUUUGGGAAGUACACACGGGGACGCGACUAAUUGCUGUGGUUUUAUAGGCGUUCAAGUCUUGGGAGGCGAUCCGCCUCAAGACACAGCCGCAGUCGCAGUCGCAGUCGCAGCCGUUCCCUUAGUAGAAGGCCAUCUCUGCGUGGCUCACAGUAUUCAGUUCGAACAGGCAGCAGACGCUCUUCUUCGUCGUACUCGACAGGAAUAU